UUCAAAGGAGGAAAUAUGGCGGAAAACAAAGGAGGAGGAGGCGGCGGUGGCGGGGAGGGGGCUGGGGAGGCCGGGCAGGCCGGGGGUGGUACCGAGUCUGUUACCUCCGCCGCGGCGGCCGUUGUCACCUCAGCCGCGGCGGCCGUUGCGUCCCCGUCCCCUCCAGCCCCCGCCGCGCCCGAGGAGAGGGAGAGUCCCGGCGCGGUGGUCCUGGCUGUGGCGGCGGUGGCGGCAGACAAGGGCCCCGGGGAGGCGGAGGCCGCGGCGCCCGUGUUGGUGAGCGUAGGCCCGGCGCCGGGCCCCGUGCCGCUGGCUCCGCUGGGCCCCAGCCCCGCGCCCCCCGCCCUCUCCAGCGCCGCGCCGGGCCCGCUGUCGCUGCUGGACACCUGCGCAGUGUGCGCGCAGAGCCUGCAGAGCCGGGAGGCCGAGCCGAAGCUGCUGCCCUGCCUGCACUCCUUCUGCCGGCGCUGCCUGCCGGAGCCCGAGCGCCAGCUGAACGUGCCCGUCCCCGGCGGCGCCAACGGGGACAUCCAGCAGGUUGGUGUGAUCAGGUGUCCAAUCUGUCGCCAGGAAUGCAGGCAAAUAGAUUUGGUAGAUAACUACUUUGUCAAAGACACAUCUGAAGCUCCCAGCAGCUCUGAUGAGAAAUCAGAACAGGUGUGCACCAGCUGUGAAGAUAAUUCUAGUGCUGUUGGUUUCUGUGUGGAAUGUGGAGAAUGGCUGUGCAAAACCUGCAUAGAAGCUCAUCAACGAGUUAAAUUUACUAAGGAUCAUAUGAUUAGAAAGAAAGAAGAUGUCUCUUCAGAGGCUGUUGGAGCAUCUGGUCAGCGUGCUGUUUUCUGUCCUGUGCACAAACAAGAACAGCUAAAACUUUUCUGUGAAACUUGUGACAGACUGACAUGCAGAGACUGCCAGUUACUGGAACACAAAGAACAUAGGUACCAGUUUUUGGAAGAAGCGUUUCAGAAUCAAAAGGGUGCUAUUGAGAAUCUAUUAGCCAAACUCCUUGAAAAGAAGAAUUAUGUUAACUUUGCAGCUACUCAGGUGCAAAAUAGGAUAAAAGAAGUAAAUGAAACUAACAAACGAGUAGAACAGGAAAUCAAAGUGGCUAUUUUUACCCUCAUCAAUGAAAUCAAUAAAAAAGGAAAAGCUCUCCUACAACAGCUUGAGACUGUAACAAAGGAGAGACAGAUGAAGCUAAUGCAGCAGCAGUACGAUAUCAGUGGUCUGUCACGGCAGGUGAAACAUGUGAUGAACUUUACUAAUUGGGCCAUUGCAAGUGGCAGCAGCACUGCAUUACUCUAUAGCAAGCGACUGAUCACGUUCCAGCUGCGACAUAUUUUAAAAGCACGAUGUGAUCCUGUCCCAGCUGCUAAUGGAGCAAUACGCUUCCAUUGUGAUCCCACAUUCUGGGCAAAGAAUGUAGUCAACUUAGCAGCAACUCCUCUUACUCUGUUGGAGGACACUUUCGAGGUUCCUCAAGCUUCAGGGCAGCUUGUUGGGCACUGUGAGGGGAUGCUUCUGGAAAGGGGGAGGUAUCGGAACCCCCCACUACAUGUGCAGAGCUCAUCAUGCGGCCCUUUGGAUUGGGGCUAUACAUUGGGAACUGAAAAAGGUAAUCUUGUUAUUGAAAACAAACCAACCCAAGGUUAUACUCCUAAUGUAGUAGUGGGACAAGUUCCUCCGGGAACAAACCACAUCAGCAAACCUCCACCGCAAAUUAAUCUUGCACAGCUUCGGCUCCAGCAUAUGCAACAGCAGGUGUACGCACAACAAAAACACCAGCAGUUACAACAGAUGAGGAUGGGGCAGCCUGCAGGGCAGAUUCCUCGCCAGGCAGGCCCACAGAUGCUGCAGCAACAGCCUCCGAGGUUGAUAAGUAUGCAGAACAUGCAGAGGGGAAUGAAUUGCGGUGCUUUCCAAGCCCACCAGAUGAGAAUGGCUCAGAACACUGCUCGUCUCCCAGGGAUACCGCGCCACAACGGGCCCCAGUACAUGAUGCAGCCACACUUACAAAGACAAGUAUAUGCUCAUUCAAACCCAGGACAUGCAGGUCCCUUCCCAGUUGUUUCAGUGCACAAUAAUACUAUCAACCCAACAAGCCCUACAACAGCCACCAUGGCCAAUGCGAACCGUGGUCCAACAAGCCCAUCUGUUGCAGCGAUAGAGCUUAUUCCAUCAGUAACCAACCCAGAAAAUUUGCCUUCCUUGCCAGAUAUUCCUCCUAUACAGCUGGAAGAUGCUGGUUCCAGUAACUUAGAUAAUUUACUAAGUAGGUAUAUCGCAGGCAGCCAUCUACCCCCUCAGCCUAUAAGCAGUAUGAAUCCCUCCCCUGGACCCUCAGCCCUGUCUCCAGGCUCAUCAGGUUUAUCCAAUUCACACACCCCUGUGAGGCCACCUAGUACUUCCAGCACGGGCAGUAGAGGCAGCUGUGGCUCAUCAGGCCGAACUGUGGAAAAGAACAAUAUUAGUUUCAAGACUGAACAUGUGAAAGUUAAACAGGAACCAGGCACAGAAGAAGAGGUAUGCAGUUACUCGGGACCAGUGAAGCAAGAAAAAACAGAGGAUGGCAGGAGGAGCGCUUGCAUGCUUAGCAGUCCUGAGAGCAGCUUGACUCCACCACUUUCCACAAACUUGCAUUUGGAGAGUGAAUUGGAAGCACUGGGAAGUAUAGAAAACCAUGUUAAAACUGAACCAGCGGACUUGAGUGAAAGCUGCAAACAGUCCGGACACAGUCUUGUAAAUGGCAAGUCCCCAGUGCGUAGCCUCAUGCAUCGAUCAGCUAGAUCUGGAGGAGAAGGCAACAACAAAGAUGAAGAUCCCAAUGAAGACUGGUGUGCUGUGUGCCAAAAUGGAGGAGACCUGUUAUGUUGCGAAAAGUGCCCUAAAGUUUUCCACCUCACAUGUCAUGUACCCACUCUCCUCAGCUUCCCAAGUGGAGACUGGAUAUGUACAUUUUGCCGUGAUCUUAGCAAACCCGAAGUGGAAUAUGACUGUGACAACUUACAACAUAGUAAGAAGGGGAAAACUGCACAAGGUUUGAGUCCUGUGGACCAAAGGAAAUGUGAGCGCCUCCUGCUUUACUUGUAUUGCCACGAGCUGAGCAUUGAAUUCCAAGAGCCAGUCCCUGCCUCGAUACCAAAUUACUAUAAAAUAAUAAAGAAACCAAUGGAUUUAUCUACAGUGAAGAAGAAACUGCAGAAGAAACAUUCCCAGCACUACCAGACACCUGAAGAUUUUGUGGCAGAUGUUCGGCUGAUCUUCAAGAACUGUGAAAGAUUUAAUGAAAUGAUGAAAGUUGUUCAAGUUUAUGCAGAAACACAAGAAAUUAAUUUUAAGGGUGAUUCAGAAGUAGCACAGGCAGGGAAGGCAGUUGCGUUAUACUUUGAAGAUAAACUUACAGAGAUCUACCCAGACAGGACCUUCCAGCCUUUACCUGAAUUUGAGCAAGAAGAGGACGAUGCUGAAAUAACAGAUGACUCCGAUGAAGAUUUUAUACAGCCGCGUAGAAAACGUCUAAAAUCGGAUGAGAGACCGGUGCAUAUAAAGUAACCUGAUUAAAACGGACCUAAACUAUUGUAAAAAGAGAAACAUAUUUAAGUGUUCCUGGAAUAUUAUCUUGCCUUCAGUGGCCAUCUUAUUGAAGCUGAUAGUGUUCAGACAGUAUUAGAAUACAAAAAGCAUUUGUACAGAAACAUACUUGUCAAAAGGGGGGGGGAAAGCUUUCAACUUCUGUUCCGGUUUUUUUGUUUUUAGUGUUUGAAUUUUCAUUUUUCACUUGAGAAUACUCCCUCAUUUCUCAGAUUUGUGUGUGGGAUGAAUGUUGAUAAAGAAACGAGUUUUAUAUCACAACAUUUGUAUGAACAGUGAACUCUUGUCACUACUUAGUAACCAUUUUUGAAAGACUGGACCAAGGCAGUCAUGUUUGCUUCCAUGCUAGGCAGCAGUUUAAACUGCAAGAAACCUUCCUCAAGAUCCUCUUCAUGCAACCCUAGGUGUGAAUUGGAUUGUUUUUAUUCAUCGUCUCAUCUAAGAGGUAUUGCGAGUAUCAUAUUCUGCGUCAGGUCAAAUAGCUGGGUUCUGCUUUCUUUUACUGACUGUAUAGAAGUAUCGUGACUUGAUCAUUAAAACAUUUUGAAUUGGAGAAUGCAGGAGUGCAAGUUCUUCAUAUGUGCUUCAUUAAGUAUGGUUGCAGUUAAUGCUUUUCGUGGUCUUGAGUGGAAGUCCUAUGCACAGAAUACUUAAGUGAGUAUCCUCUUGGAAUUUAUUAAUCCUAUUUUUCUUCCCUUGAAAGGCAGGAUGUUGGCUGCAAUACUGGUUAUAUAGAUCCUAAUAUCAGAAUUAGACCAUGAAGUUAAUAGUUGGUGACUGUCCAGUCUUCCCUAAUAUCAGUUUCUGAUAGAACACUAUCAGCAAACAGUAACUUUGUCAACUACCAAAUGUGUAAAAUUUUCUGUAUUCACUCUGUCUUAUUUGUAAAUAGUGGUAUUGUAAAUCCUUUCAGACAGCAACAUUUGCUAGUCUGUUUUUAAGCUAAUAUGUAUUCUUACUAAUGUUCCUAAUCAAGAACAGAUUUGUAAUAUGUUGUUUAUUUCUAAAACUGAGUUCAUAGUUUGACGUUCAUUUUAUUAUUCCGUUAGAGCUACUCAGAGUUUUCUUCAGAAGCAGCUUAAAUGACAAGAAAAGAGUCUAUUGAGACAGAGUUAGUUGUUCACCCUUAAAACAGAAAAUUUGCAUGGACCAGUGUAUCAGACAAGUGAUUUCUGGGUAGGUGAUGAAAAUGGGCCAGCCCCAGUUGUGGUAAUCUGCAUGUAAGCAAGCUCUUCAGUUCUGUCUCAGUGGAAACACCGAGAGCAGAAAUAUUGCUGUGUUAUUGUAAUCUGAUGUCAAACAGGUAAAAUUCCCUAUCUGGUCUGCAUUGAACAGCACCAGAGGAUACAAUUUCAAGCCCUUGUACAGAGCCGUACUUAGGUGAUCUUGCGCCCCUGGCAGAACCGUCCAGAUUGCGCUCCCUAGCCACGAACAAAUUAGCUCUUCUUUCUGCCUCUCCUCCAACCCAACCCUGCACCCAUUCUUUUUGUAAUGAAUUCUUAUUGAAGGAGGACACCAAGAUGGGUAAGGCCGACCCAGAUGGCGCUAUAUAGCCAUUUUCCUACUUACGCACAGGUUAUGUUCCGGGCCCCUGCCUGCAUAAGUGAAAUCGCAUAAAGUGGGGAGCACCCCACUUUAAUAGGGAGAAGGGCAUGGGAGCCAACUCCUUGGGGCCAAGGUUCCAUGACCCCCCCUUUAAAUAUUUGAGGAGGUUCCCCCCCCCCAGUUAAUGAGCAUUGUCAUUAAGUUAGUGUGUGUGUGCUCCGUCUUGUCGAUUUUACAGGGCGAUGCUUACCUGCCCCCCCAUAUAUUUUAUUCAAGUUGGCACCAUUGAGGGAGGGUGUGCGAAAGGAGAGAGAGAGAGAGAAGCGACUCUGAAGUAGGCAGGCUUUGAAGUUGGCGGCUCUCCCCCGCGCCCAGAGAGGCAGGGGCGCAGGCAGUGAGGUGGGCCAGGCAGUGUCAGGGGCUGAGGCUGGUGGACCUUCCCAGCCAUGACCCUGACUGAGGUCCGGGAGAGGCAGAGCCGGCGCCUCAUGGCCAAACGGGAUGGGGCGCUUGGGGCAUGCGCAGGCUCCCCCACUAGACUGCCCAGCUGCCAGGAGGGGCAAGGGGGCAGCCGAGAGCAGCCGCUGCCCAGCACACCCUCUUCCCUGCCGUACCUGGGCUUCGGGCAGGGAGCGCUGGCUGGACAGGGUGCCUGGCGGAGGGUCUCAGCAGCCAAUUUUACACACCCCUCUCGUCUGCGCCCCUGGCGGGGGCCCACCUCACCAUCCCCUAGCUACGGCUCUGCUCCUGUACAGCAUAUUUUUACGACAGUUUCAGAAAUGCAGACCAUACAAUGGUGACCAAAAUGUAAAUUGCUGUAACACUGAGUAAAUUCAUCAUGGGAAAUGGUUCACAGCAUAUAAAGGAAUUGAUGAAUAGAUUCUAUUGCACAAUGUGUUGUUUCAUUGAUGCAGAGAAUUUUAAUAAAAAUGUGUGUUUUCAUUUUCUGUGUGCAGACAGGAUGUAACUGGAUCUAUAACUGGGGAAAGUAGUUAAAAGAUACUUUAUGGCUUUGAUUCACUUUUUUGUAUCAUUAACAUUGCAUUUAAAGUAGGAGCAUCGAACAGAAUUUUUUGAUUUACAAGGUGUUUUCCAAAGGUUUUUGCCUAACUAAUUCUAAAUUGUCUGUAUCUGAAUAUAAUUAUCAUUGCCCUCUUUAAUAACUUGGUCAAACAUUCCUUUUCCUGAUGGAAGGUCAGCUGUAACAGUAGAAGCGAGUCCUAGGAUGAAGUCUUUUCCAUGCAUCGAGGGUAACAUUGAAACUGGGCUGUCAUGUUUUUCAGUACAUUGGGUCACCUUCCACAGACACACACAGCACAAAAAAUUAAAAGAAAAUAUGGGAACAGAAUAAUGGAGCAAGGAAGUUCUUAUGUGGAAAAAACCGGCACAGAUGGGCUUGAAUGUUACCAUCUAUGCUCAGUUGAAGUGAUAAUAUGUAAAAAGUGAGAGCUUGUUCCAUCUGUUAAUGUGUUGACUUUCUCACAAGCUCCCACAAGUUUAGUAGAUGUGCUUUUAACUGACAUUUUGGUAAAACCGCUGCAUGUCAGUAAGGCAGUAUAGAGCAAAGUGCUUAAUAACAUACACUGUAUUUUCUAGCGUUCCAAUUUGCAAUGGAAUAUGCACCAUGAAUCUUAAAAUUUAUGUAUUUUGUAGUUUCCAUGGCAUCUAUAUUUUUCCUGUACUUUGAAGAACAUUUUGACAACCUGGCUUUCCAUAUUACCUGAAAGCUGCAAUUUUGUCAGCAUACUUUCUUUUCAGAUCUCUUAGGCUAAUCACCCACAUUUCCAUGCUACAUGUAAAAGUAGAAGACCCGUUCUUUUGAGGAACGUAACUAAACUAUAUACAGGAACCUGCUUUGCUGGUGCUGGUGGCAUAUGGCAAUCGUUUGACUUUUUUGCAGUCUUGCAACUUUGCAAAGUUCAGUGCAGGUAGAGAAUGGUAGUGUUUUGCAGUUCUAAGGAUUUAUUAUUUACAAAAGAAUGAAUAAAUAGCUUUUUUCAUACACGUUGGUUUUUGGGUUGCUCUUUCCCUUUGGUUAUCUGCUUGGAAUGUAGUAGAUCAGAAAGUUCUACACAAAUUUUACAAAUCACUAGGAUGUAUUCCUGAAGGUAGGAAAUAGACAAAUACAUUUCGUGCCCCAUUUUUAGAUUGUGUACUUUUCUUAGUGUUCGCAAGAUUUGUUCAGCCGGAGUAAAUUUCCUGCCACCUUGUAUGUUUAAUGUGCAUUGAAGAUCAACCUGCAUUUGGCAGUCCAUGGAUGUUUGUGCAAUAACUGAGCUAUACUGGGAUUGAGAACACACUUUUGUAUCUGGUUUGAAAUGGAUAGUGGAGCUUCCCUUGCAUGCGAUAUGGAUUUACCUGUGCUGCAUAAUUACAAUAUAACUUAAGUUUAUUAUGGUUCCAAAUGGUCCCAAGAUACUCUUGUCACUUAAUUUGACUCUUGAGCUCUGAUUUUAAAUGUUCCUGUAAAAUAAUAAUAAUAAUUCAAAUCUCUCCUGUUGGUUGUAUAUGUUCUGAAAGUUUAAGUUAAUCCAAAGAAGAAAAAAGGCAGUUUGCUUUGAAACAGGAAGGACGACAAGUAUGCAGCGUGCUGACUGUGGACUUCUCAAUUACCUCAGCAGGUCCCCUGCCAUGUAAUUACUAGUAAUUAGUGUUAGUUUAACCAGCUAAGUAUGUUCAGGUCUUACUUAACUGUGCCCUGGAAUUAAGUGUCCUACCAUAUACUAUUAAGGCUGAAUUACUAUCCAAAAAAGGGUGUUUCCCCGCGCUAGCUUUUAAAAGUAGAAAUGCUGUUAAAUGUAGAUAGCCUUUUUUUUCAUGUGAAAAGAUUCCCAUUAAUAAUACUUGAUGUGGCAUUGACUGUCGGCAUACUGAGCACUGGAUAGAUAAGUGGAAUGUUUUAUAAACAUUUCUGCAAGCCACUGCAACCAACCAAUAUUUUUUAACAAAUCACCCCAAUUUGCCGUUCUGUUGUAUAACUUAGUUUCCUUCGCCAGUCCUAUUGAAGUGUAGGUAAUGGCAACAGUAUGUUGAAGUUGAGUAUGUAAUGUACUGGUUGUAGGCUCCUUCUUUUUUCCGUUUUUUUCCGUUUUUUCCUCCUUUUCCUAGGAAAAAGCAAUAAGACUGCUUUGUCUGUUGCCUCUUUAGCAUGGCAGGAAUCCUUUUCCUUUGGGUAGUGGUUUUAUAGGAGAGUUUGUAUGUGUAUCACCCAAGUCUAGCUUUUAAAAAAAUAAUAAAGUGUGCAGUUAAUAGUGUGGCAUUUUAUUUUAAAAAUUGGGGAAAAGUUAACAUAUUUUUUUAAAAAGUAGGUGUUUGAGUAAAUAACGGAGGUACUUUUUUAAAAACUUUAUAUGCCACAAUUUAAAUAGACAUAUUUCAGACUAAUGCAUAAGACUUGUGAUGUCAGAUAUGGCCAUCACUUUUCCUUUCCAAAGUUGCACGUGCAGUAACUCCAUCCAUUGUAGCUUUUGUGGUUUUUGCCUAUUUGUCCCUCUCUCUUCUUUUAAAACGUGUCUGAAUCAAAAUAGCUUUGAUAAAUCGCUGUUUUGGUUCUUAACUUAGUAACUGAUUUACAAUUAAAAAAUGCAGUUUGCCCCUUUCUAUUUGAGUACCUUUAAAGCUGAGGAGCUGCUGCUUUCUUUUGACAUGAUUUGUGACUUUGUACAAAGAAAUGCAAACAUAGACCUCUCAUUCCCCUUAGUGUGAACAUAAAUUUCAAAAUGGAAGGUGAUGCAUGUUUGUAAAAGGCCUGCAGAUGUGGGCAUUUCUUCAGUUCAAAAUACCAUUAAAGAUGUAUAUAACAGGUCUAUAAAGAUUUGUGCAAUUGAAAGCCUGUUUUAAUUUUAUAUGUAAACCUACAAAUCAAAGGGUUCCAUUCCCAAUAUUAUUUCUGGUAAUUAAAACUGGUACUUUUUGCACAUAGUUAACUUUACUGAUUCUUCAAAAAAGUGCUGUUUCUGUGGUAAUGUAUUCUCUGAAUAAUAUUUAAUUUUUUUAAAACAAGUUAACGUUUCUAAUUGUUCAGUUCCUGUGUUUUUUGGCUGGUGUGUAAUAAAGGCAUUUUUUCCCUUUACAUGAUUAUUUAAUACAUUUAGCAGCCUGUAAAUAUUUCUUGUUAAAUGCUCUGGAAUGUGGUGUAGCAGUUGUACUUAGAACAGUUUUAAAAAGAAUUGUUUUGAAAACCACUUUGUUUUGGUUAUUUCUAUUAAAUUAGAAAAGGAAGAAUCUU